CAGCGCUUCCAGUUCAAGUGUUUUUUUAAAUAAAAAUGAAUAAAUAAUACGCAGGUUGAAUUGUCAUCUGUCAAAAGUCGUAACAAUAAACCGUUCAUGCAUUUUCUCUGACGGAGAUAAGCAUUUUAAUCAUUAACUUUCUCACCUAAGUGUUUUAGUGCGAUAAAAUGAACUCGUUAUUGUUAGAAUUACACGUAGUUCAUUUUGUGAUUCUCUGAAAUAUAUUUUGCAAAUUGAAGGUAAUAUUGUGUGGCAUUUCAACUGAAGACAUUAACGUAAUUACUAUUGUAUAAAAAUAAGAUCAUAUCAUGUCACUGCCGUCACAUGUCAAUCCAGAUAGUCAUAGGAUUUUAUUAGAAAAUCCCAAUGGGGGCCCCAUCAAUCAACAAUUACAAAACAAUUUUGAUCCCGCUAGAAGUCAAUCAAGUAGCAGCUUCUUUGAUAGAUCAAUGCUAACGGAAAGAGCUAGACUAAUGUCUAAUUCUGGUACACGAUCCAUUAGAGAUAAUAUACAAAAUGUUUUCCAAGAAAUACGGCCUAUAGUUCAAACAGUCCAUUCAAAUUGGCUUACAUCCCAUCAUACUGAAAUUCCAGUUAAUAGUAUUAACAAUUAUGAAUCUAUGAACGCAGCACCUAUGCAAAGAAAUGAAAGUUUUAUCAUCAACUUAGAACAAGGUACCAGUCAUAAUCACAAUGGUUCUGGUCAUGUACAUGCUCAUUCACAUUCACAUUUAAAUAUUGGUGAAUCUUCAAAUGACGAAACGAAUUCGGUAACAAACGGAGAUGGAACUAUAUCACGUGGAAUAGAUGCUGACCAACAAGCAAAUAUUAGAAGCUUAGAAAUACCAGUAAAUGAAGCUUUACGACAGAAUCCUGAAGCAAGAGCAAUUAUGCAAACACUUUUACGGUAUUUACCAUUUUCAUUGAUUUUGCUAGGAAAAUGCCUUUAUGAUAACAGAGAAAUAUUAUUGAUUUUAUUGGUUUUAUUAGUAACAUUUAUCCAUGCAAAUAAAACAAUUAUUCGUGAAGCCAGUAAGCAACAAAGAAAAUCAUUUUCAACUUUAGCAAUCGAGGUAGUUUAUAUAACAGGAUGUAUUAUUUUAAUAAACUAUCUAUUCCAAGGAGAAAACUUAUUUAUGAAUCUUGUGUUUAUGGGCUCUUAUGACCAUAUUGUAACAAUUUGGGAUUUGUUGUGGUUAACUGGCAUUGUUGAUAUUACAAUUAAACUUUUAACAGUAGCAACCAAAAUAUUAGUUGUGAGUUUACCAGGGAAAUUAUUAGCAUAUCAAAAGCGUGGUAAAGUAUUUUUAAUGAUUGAAAUGAGCUCGCAAUUCUAUAGAGCUUUAGCUCCAAUCCAACCUUGGCUGUACUAUUUGCUAGAAUAUUAUCAAGGAUCAGAAAAGAUUAUGGGUGUGCUGUUUUCUGCGGCAUAUAUGGUAUCAAAAGGAACAGAUUUAUUACAGAGAGCAAAGUCUUUUAAGAAUGCCAUUCUUAAAAUGCUACAAGAUGUGAAUCUUGGAAUUUCUCCAACCAUGGAACAAUUAAUCUCAGCAGGCAAUCAGUGUCCUAUUUGCCAUGAUGAAUAUAAUACACCAGUGCUACUAGCAUGCAGACAUAUUUUUUGUGAACCCUGUGUAACAAUCUGGUUUGAUAGAGAACAGACAUGUCCUUUGUGUCGAGCUAAAGUUGUGGAGGAUCCAUCAUUCAAGAAUGGUGCAACAACAUACUUUAUUCAAUUGUACUAAUUUUAAAUAUGUGAUAAA